CAGGACGCUUGUGUGAAUAUGGACGGUGAUGGGAUGUGCUCAGAAGCUGCAACGGAUUUUUCCAUGGGGAGUCUUUGCGGCGCUGCGGAGAGUCUUUCCGAUGUUAUUGGGCGGUUCUUCUCGCGCUGUGGUGCGGCGGAGCGUGUGGAGUUGCUGAAGCCGCUGUGCCGGCGGUGGGAAGUUCGUUCGGUUGGGCGGCCUCGCGGUAUGUCGGACGAGAACUACGGUGCGAUGCUGACAAAGUGCCUUGCCGCACGCAUUAAUGCCACACUUGACGAUGCCACAUCGGUGCCACGCUGCUGUAGUUUUCGUAGUUCGUGCGGUGGUGGCCGGUCGUUUAACUUUUCCUGGGAGGAUGGCGUGUCGCUGUGCGCAUCUGUCGCUGUCUCUUCUGGUAGGCGGCGCCCGGACGCGUCUGCGGGGGACUCGACGUUGUCGGACGCCACCCUUGUGGUGCCGAUGC